AUGGGGAGGACGGCGCAGACCCUGGCAAGGGCGAGCCCCUCCCCGGAGGUGCCUGUGGAAUGUCCUGGGCUCUGGUCCGCUCCUCAGGAUGGGGGGUGCCUAAUCCUACAGCCGCAUUCCAGGAUAAGGGGGGUGGGGAGAGGCUGGGCCGGGGGAGGGGCAGGAAAGAGGACUAUAAGGCAGCAGCCCAGGCGGGCUGGAUACAGGCAGGCCAUGGCGGAUGUCCCGGGGGCACAGCGAGCGGUUCCCGGCGGCCCAGAGCCCCGGGACCCCCUGGACUGCUGGGCCUGCGCUGUGCUUGUAACAGCCCAGAAUCUGCUAGUGGCUGCCUUCAAUCUUCUCCUGUUGGCGCUGGUGCUAGGGACCAUCUUGCUACCCGCUGUCACCAUGCUGGGCUUCGGCUUCCUCUGCCACUCUCAGUUCCUGCGCUCCCAGGCACCCCCUUGCACCGCGCACCUGCGGGACCCCGGUUUCACGGCCCUUCUGGUCACCGGAUUCCUGCUCCUCGUGCCGCUGCUAGUGCUUGCUCUGGCCAGCUACCGCCGCCUCUGCCUGCGCCUCCGCCUAGCCGAUUGCCUCGUGCCCUACAGCCGAGCCCUUUACCGGCGUCGGCGCACCUCGCAGCCGAGGCAAACCCGGGCCUCACCAGGGUCCCAGGCCCUUCCCACAUCAGGAAAGGUCUGGGUCUAAUUAUCCCCGAGUCAAGAAGAACCCUGACGGCUGCCUUCCCUCUUAUUCCGCCUAUGAACUGGAAGCCCCUCUUCUUCCGACCUGCCCUGCCCCCACCCCUGCCUGAUCGGAGUCCUAACAACCCUUUGGGAACAGCAGCAUCAGUGGACCCAAUGCUGAUGAAAGCCCCUACAUCCCGGAAAACCCCCUUUCCCUCCAUUACCCACAUCUAAAUCCUCAAAUUCUGGGCUGGACCCUGCAUACCUCCCCCUCAGCCCUUGUGUCGUGAAUGGGACCACAAUCUCAUGCCCUCCUUUUAUGGGGCAGCUCCUCCGGUAUUUCUGGGGCUGGGGGCAGGGAGGUGGGGCCAGAGGGGAAGGAGUGUCCACAUAUCAAUAAAGAUUUAACGAAC